AUGGAUGCCAUGUUUGAUAUAUGUUACCUGUCACCUGAUAGUAAUAAUGUUGAACCAGAUGAUAUACCCAAGACAAAGGAAAAUGUUUGGAUAUUGGGAAGAAAAUACAGCCCUAUCCAAGAUUUGGAUCGCAUACGACGAGAUAUCACUUCAAUCAUUUGGUGUACAUAUAGAAAAGGGUUUAUCCCUAUUGGCGACGAAGGGCUAACUUCUGAUAAGGGCUGGGGAUGCAUGUUGCGUUGUGGUCAGAUGGUUCUAGGAGUUGCAUUAAUUAGGGUGCAUUUGGCAUCCGAUUGGGUUUGGACCCCUGAGACGAGAGAUCCAACAUAUUUGAAAAUAAUACAAAGAUUUGAAGAAAGGAAGCAAGCUCCAUAUUCAAUACAUCAGGUUGCUCUAAUGGGAGCUAGCGAAGGCAAGGAGGUAGGCCAAUGGUUUGGGCCUAAUACUGUGGCACAAGUACUCAAAAAAUUAAUUGUUUAUGAUAAAUGGAGCUCACUUGUGAUACAUGUGGCAUUAGAUAAUACAGUUGUGAAAGAAGACAUUUUACAGCAAUGUAUGGUUAAUAAUGAUAGAGGAGAUGAUCAUACACCAGACAGUGCAAAUAUAACAGAUUGGAUGCCACUCCUUUUGAUUGUGCCACUCAGAUUGGGUCUUAGUGAAAUAAAUCCUGUGUAUGUUAAUGGUCUUAAGAUAUGUUUUCAAUGCCCUCAAUCUAUUGGAGUGAUUGGAGGAAAACCAAACCAAGCACUAUAUUUAGUUGGCUGUGUUGACAAUGAAGUUUUAUAUUUAGAUCCUCAUACAACACAGAGAUCUGGUCUUGUCGAAAAUAAACAAACGGAUGAACAGAAAGAAAUGGACUGUUCGUAUCAUUGUAGAUAUGCUUCACGCAUACCAAUGCUUGCCAUGGACCCCUCAGUAGCUGUGUGUUUUCUGUGCCGAACUAAAAGUGAUUUUGACGAGUUAUGCAAAACAUUUGAAGGGGAACUAAUGAAGGAAUCUCAACCAUUGUUUGAAAUCUGUGAAAAGCGGCCUUCGCAUUGGGGUCCAAGUAAUGAUAUAGAUUUACAAAACACGACACUCUUUACAGAAUUUGAAGAUGUGGAUAGACAAUUUGAUGACUCAGAUGAUGAGUUUGAAAUUCUAUGA